AUGGACGACGAUAUUUUCAGCGAGGUGAGAUUUUUUUUCAAAUUUAAAAAUUUAUUGAUUGAUUAAUUUUCAGGCUCGUAAAGAACGUGAUGAUUUUGAAGAUCUUAUGAAAGCUUGCGAUUUAGCAAAACUUGCUGUGAAAAAUGAUGGAAUGGUGCAUGGUAUGCCAAGUGUAUCGAAAAAUGAGCAGCAAGAAUCAUCGUCGGAAGAGCCGAAGAAUAUUUUGAGAGUUAUUGCACCAACUGUUGAAGCUUAUGUAUGUGGAACUUGGGGUGCGGGGUCUUUUUUUAGAUCAGGAUAAUUUUUUCCAGGUUGGAAGUUCAAGUGCUCCAACAGCUCCAAAAUCAAAACCGGACCAGGUAAAUUGUUACUAUUUUUUGUUUUCUCUGUUUUUUAUGUUCAACAUCUAAUUUUGUUCAAAUUUUAGCGUGUUUCCGAAGUAACAAUGAAUUGUACAUUUGUUGGAAAAGAAUAUUCAGCGGGAUGUUAAAUUUUCUGUGUUUUGUGACGUCUUUUGUCUUUGUCUUUCCCAAAAAAAAUCAUAUUCGAAAAAAAUAAAGUGUUUGUUUUGUCCCACUUGAAAUUUCAAAUCGUUCUGGAUUUUAGGAAUCUUCAAACGUCGAAAAAGAUGACAAUGGUUUCAUCUACUACAAAUGUCGAUUUUGCGGAAUCACCUUUAAUUUUAUGAACACAUUACGUGCUCAUGAGAGAAUACACGAUGUUUCACAGGUUUGUGUGUAAUUUUAAUAUCUUCACUGAAAAGAAUAAAGGUCGAGCAACCUUUUACGCAGGAAAUUCGAUCCGUUUUUUUUGUUUAACAUUAUUGAUUGGUUUUUGAGAAGAGAUGAGAUAAGUGAAGUUGGAGAAAAAACAUCAAGCAAAAACAAUAAUAAUGGACAAUCAAUAAAUAAAUUGGAAGACAGGAAAAUGGGAAAAAAACAAUUUUUUCAGCCGUAUGUUUGUGGAAAAUGUGGAGAAUCAUUUGAAUUUGCUUGCCAGUUGGAAUAUCAUGCAGCACAACAUUCAGGUAAGAUGUGAUUUGAAAAUGAAUCCAAAUGUUUUGUGAUUAUGAAACAUGAACUAAAAAUUAAAUUACAUUCAUUUUCAGACAUUGAAUUUCUGAAAAUGAUUUAAAAAAAAAAAUUAUGAUUUUGAUUAUUGUGUGUUAAGAUUGAAUUACUGUGAAAAAAUAAUCUCAAAAUCUGAACUGGUUUUUUUUUCAAAAUCAGCCCAGAACCAAAGAAUUGUUUUUUUUAUGUUCCCAAUCUUCCAGAUAUUUCACAGAUCUUUAAAAUUUUUUUUCGUAAUUUGAAGUUUUUUUAGCAAUUUUUUUUGUCCAAAAAUCGCCAAAAAUCUCCAUUUUCCAGACGUCGACGGUUACAAAUGUGAAUGCGGUCGAACAUUUUUCUCCUAUACAGAAAUGCUUUAUCACAAACACACUGAUGAUCCAGCUGAUUUGAUUGGCGCUCCAGAAAAAUCAAAUGUCGUCGUGACAACACCAAAAAAUCGAACGGGUCUAACAGUUUAUGAUCUACCACAACCGACAUAUGCAACAGAUGGUUUUGAGCCAAAACAUCCAUUGAAAGUUUAUAGUGAUGUUAGGUCAAAACCGUAUAUUUGUGAAUAUUGCUCGAAAAGUUAUGCAGAUAGUCGUGGAUUAGCUUAUCAUAUGUACAGUCAUAGAGGUAGGGGAUUUGGGGAAAAUAAUUUUUUUGGGAAGCUUGUGGAUUUUUUUGAUUGAUGUUUCAGAUUAAAAUUUCUCAUGAACCGUGAUUUUUUGCUUUUGACAAUAAUUUCAAAUUCUAAUUUUAUUUCUAGAAGUGAAAUGUUGAUUUUUUAUAAAUCUUUGGCGCUGAUCGCAAACCCUUCUUUUUUCUAAACACCUUAAAUUAUUUUUCAAAAACCAAAUAAAAAUUCUUAAUUUGUUCCAGGCGAAAAGCAAUUCAAUCCUCGCGCAUCUCGCUACAUGAUGGGACGAGAAGGCAUCGGCUACACGGACGCCAAAAACUAUUAUUUAUUCCCAAGAACCAGUGGCUAUACUCCACGAUAUUAA